AACUUCGAAGCGCUUUCAGCCGCGACUCUCCGCACUCUGCCUUCUUUCUUCUUCCUUCCCCACACUCGGCGCCAGGCGACUGCAGAUCCGCAUUGUGAUUUUCGAGAUAGCGCUCUGGCGUGGCCCCUUUAACAUCUCACCGACGGGGAGAUCUCAUCGUCACCUCGCUGAGUCUUCUACCGUCUCUCCCCUACUCCCUCCCUCUCUCUGUCUCUUCGUUGUGCACUAGCACCAUGGAGUGUAACCUGCUUGAGAGCCUCCUCGAUCUGGAGGAAGACUUCUACAAAGAAGGCUACGAUCUAGGAGUUGCGGAUGGCGCGCAAGCCGGAUACACCGAGGGCAGUGUUUUUGCUGUCGAGAAAGGAUUCGAGAAGUUCGUCGAACUGGGAAGAUUUUACGGCAAAGCCCUGGUCUGGGCUCAACGACUUGCAGAUUAUCAGCCGUCUAACAACUCCGAUCCGGCCGGCCUGGACAAGAGGGUCCCUUCGUCUUCCCUGGCGAGUGAUAAGCCAGAUGGAUCCUCCUUAAUGGACCCGGCAAUUUGCCAGGAAAUGUCGAGAUUCUCGUCUAAUUCUAGACUCGCAAAGAAUAUCGAUACGCUGCUGGAAUUGGUAGAUCCCGCAUCCCUGCCUAUGGUGAACACGGAGGAAGCGGUCAACGAUGUAGAUGAGCGUAUGAAAGGCGCGGCCAUCAAAGCCAAACUGAUCCAGCGAGCGUUGGGGGAGAGGGAAGACAACUCGGACAUCCAUCCCGAUGCCAAAGAGCCCCCGACGUCUGGGGAUGGAACCGGCAGCAUCGAAGACAUUAGUUCCUUGAACAUCCGGCAUUGAUGGAUGGAUUGCUCCUCUCCAACGGCUUUUGCCUGCUUCUCGAAGGUUCUCUG